AUGGAUAAUGCGUCCGGUCCCCGUGCCUCAUCGUGGGCAAACGUCGUGAAGAACAAGCGUCAGAACGAGAACUAUCAUGACAAGCCUCAUGAUUCUUCAUCGGCAGAUAAGAAGAUGACGUUCAAAGCCAAAGGUGAUCACAAAAAGAAGCAAGUCACCCGAUCAGACCAGAGAGAACAUGAAACCAUGUCACCAAUCCAUUCCGCCAAAUCCUCGAUAUCUACGCCUCUUACCUUCAAAGACCAAUAUCUUCAGAAAGUACAAGCUGCAAAACAGCUGGUGAAUCAGAAGCCCGACUUCCAACAGCAAGACACAGUUCCAGCCAGAGGUAUCCAAGAUAUGGCUAACCUUCAUGCCGAACUCGCUUCCAUGAAAGCUACUAUCUCGACCUUGGAGGAGGAUCUGUCUCGCAAAAAUGGUGAUCUAAUUCAAGCAAAGGCGGCUCUAGCUGGAAAAGACUUACAGAUUGAAGAUCUUCAGAAUUCCGUUUCGAUGCUAAGGGAGAACAUUCGCUCUAUUACUGUUGCUACCCAGGCAGAGGAAGACGACUUGGCUGCUAAGGAUGAAUUGAUUAUGAAACUCGAGUGCGAAAAUGCUGAAUUGCGAGACUCCAUCCAUACAGGAAUUAUCUCUAUUAGCCAAAUCUACGGCCCUGGCAGUGAUCAAGCCUUUACCCGUAUGGCUACGAAGCAAACCGAACCUUCCGGGUCUGCUAUGAUGGACCGUCCAAAUGAUCGUCACGAUGACCACUCAAAAUUUGUGCAGGCACCGGAUCUGAAAUCACCUUAUCGCCCUCCGCAGGCACGGAAGCAGGCUGGUGGUGUGUCUCACAGCCGACCUAUACAUCCAGCAGGCGAUAGUCAGAGAUCCGGAGCUCAGAAAGAGAACCAAUCCUCCAAACAGGCAUACCGGCCUCCCAAGGACAAUCCUUCUAUCAAAGGAAUGCAUCAGCCUGACACUACGACACAUCAACCUGUGAGCCAGGUUGAUAAUUCUAUCACCGAUGUUAAACAUCCUAUCACGGACGACCAUCAUGUGAAGCUGGAGGGCCGCACUAAGGAUCCCGAGAAACUUGUCGAGUGCGUUAAAGAGAAAACAGAGGAUGGCCCGAAGCUGAUCAAGGAUGCCCAUGAGGCUCACAAGAAUGGUCCUUUUGUUGAUUCCAACCUAUCCAACAACGCCAUUCAUAGCCCGACCCGCAAGGACAUUAAUGCUACCUCAAAUUUCAAGACCCUGUCAGAACUUGAUCCUUCUAUUAUCCGACUUUCCCCUACCCCACCCCGUAAAAACAAGGCUCAUGGUAAGACACAUGCUAUUACCCAGGAACAAUCGACUCCCGGUAUAGAGAACGAUGAGAAAACCGAUCCAAGCGGGAACCAGCGUCGAAGAAGCGAUGAAGAGUCCAAAGUUGGAGAGAUCGACAGCAGGUACCGCUCCAAAGGAAUACAUGAAUCAGUGGAUAUCAUGGAUGGUGCCGCCCCAGCUAAGGUUGUAAAUGAGCACCCUAAACCCGUGGAUCUUCCAGUCAACAAAGCCGACAAGCAACCGAGUCAAGUUCGAACCCAGUUGAUCUUCUGGAAAACUCAAAGCCCCGAGCUAGGAGAAAGCCGUACUGCGCCUUGGAGUAAUGUGUCUUUGCCAAAAAUCAACUUGGCAGAGACCGCAGUCCUUCCUACCCAAGAAGAUGAAAAUGCACCGGAAAGUCUUAAAGAUAUCGAGGGAUGGGUGGAUGUUAUAGCCAAAAACAAGCUUAACAAAAGUUCUAAGGGUAAGAUUAAGAGCAAUCCAAAGAAUAGUCCGGAGCCCGCGGAGAACGAGGAAUUGGUUACGGAGCAGAAACUUGCAAACAAGUCGACCAAGCCGGUACCCAGAGAGAAGGGUAUCCCAGCAAGUCUUCAGAAGCGCAGAAAUAAGAAGCGCCCUAGCGGCACAAUUAUCGGAUCAAAUUCCGUAUUCUCUCGCGCAGCCAAGGGACAGCAAAGUGAAGACGAGGCCGCCAUGGAUGAGACCUCCACCGACAGUAAGGAGCCGAAGAUUUGCACGCCUGAAUCAUCGAAGCACCUAAGCUGGGCUGAUGAGGUAGAGGAGGAAGAAGCACGGCGUAAUAGUUCGUGGGCGUAA